AUGUCCACCAACACCACCUCCCCCUCCCCUUCUCCCAAGCGCACCGAGGAGGACUCCCCCAUCUGCGCACAAUUCUGCUGUUCAGAAUUCCACAAUUUCAUCGAAACCCCUCAUCUCAGCACAGACAACGACUCUCUGAUAAGUCCUAUUCAUCCGAUUUUAUCGGCUUGUUAUUGGGAGAAUUUGGGAUAUGUGGAAUAUAAUGCUUUGCGUAUGACGCUGAGGUUGGUUUCGAAUUUAUUGGGUUCGGAGGGGAUGGUGGAGUUUGUGGGAACUGCUGUUUGGGGGGGGUUGUGGGUUGAUGUUGAUCCUGGGAGGGAGGAUGAGGGGGAGGAGGGGAGGGGGAAGGGGAAGGCAAAAGGGGUGGUGGAGGCGGUGAGGGAUGAGGUGGAUGGGGAUGAGGUGAUGGAUGGGGAUGAGGUGAUGGAUGGGGAUGAGGUGAUGGAGGGACAUGAUAUGAUUUUCCAACCUGGGUUUUUUGCCAAGAGAUAUUAUCCUACCACAGUGGAAGCCAUCUGGAGGGGUUUGAAGGAAACGGAAGAGACAGUCGACCAUUUCUUCUCCCGAGCCGCCCUCUUCCGCCUACCUCCCCGAGACAUGAAAACCGCCACUCCAGCCUUACGAACAAAAACCAAAAACCUCCUCUUAGAACUAACCGGUCUCAUCCAUUUCCGCACAGCAAAACUCUCCACCAAACCAGGAAAAGGCUGGAAAAUCAACGGUCGACAUAAAACCUGCUCACAACCUCCCUUGUCGGAAGAAUUACAAGAAAAAUACCCUUGGGCCGGCGGGAAAACUUCGAGGAUUUUAAUCAACACGACCAAUUUGCAGAAUUUGGGAAGAUGUCUCAAAGGGUUUGAGAAAGGGGAUGUUGCAGAGAUUGAAUUACGCAAAGUAGAAUUUGAAAUUGCGGUUACGAUUGUUCAUGAAAUCGCUCAUGCGAUUAAUGCUGUUGUUAAUGGCCAUGUAUUAGGGGCAAAAGUGGGAUGGAGAGGAAAUGUGGUUGUGGAAGCUGGAUUUGAUUUAAUCGAGAGGAUUUUCGGGGGGGUUGUGGUGGAGAGUUUUAGGAAGUUUCCUGUUCCUCAGGGUCCACAUAUGGGGGAGGGAGAAAGGGGGAAGAAGUAUCAUGUUAUGAGUGAGUGGCCUUCGGGGAUUACUUAUCAAGGGUAUCUGGAUGAAGGGAAAAGGUUGGGGAAGAGGGGAAGGCUUCCUGUUACGGAGACUGUUACUAGGGUUCCUGAUGAGUUUGUUAUGAAACUUUUUAGGGAGGGGUUUUGGAAAGAAUAUGCUCUUAAGGGGAAGAGGAAGGGGGAUUUAAGACCCAAGGGCCCGCGGUGGACGAUUUUCAGGGAGGUGGUGUGUAAGAAGGAGACGAGACUUUCGGCGCUGGUUAAUGAUCUUCCGGCUGAGGAUGUUAAGAAGUUGUUGGAGAUUGUUACGAGGCAGCCGAGAGUUAAGAAGGCUUUGGCGGAUUUGGAGGAUGAUUUGUUUGUGCUUUCUACUUCGAAGGAUUUUUGGGCUGAGGAUGGGGUGGAGGGGAAAAUGGUUUCCGAUUCGCCGGAUAGGAGGAAUAGUCGGACUUUGGAUAGAGGGGAGGUUAAGCAGAGGGGGGAUGUAAGGGUGAAGAGGGGGAGUGUGGAGGUGGAUGAUCUGGAGUGUGCUGUGGAAGGGAAGAGAAGGCGGAGUUAG